UGGCUCAGCGUCGUCCAGAUUUGGCCGGUGUAGGCCAUCAUUGCAAAGAAGAAUGUGUUCUUAUUAACUGACUUGCCUACUUAAAUAAAGAUUCCAUUUUUUAUAUAUUUUUUUAAAGAAACAUCCCACAACAUUGAAAGUCUUGAACGAGCCCAAGACAGCGCGUCAUACAAGUCAGAUGAGCCAAGUCAUAUGACCUAUGCCAGCUAACGGAAGCAGAGGAAAACAAAGCACCACUCAGCUGCGGUAGCGUAUAACGUUAAUCUGUUGAUUUCAUGAUUAGUUAGUUGAACUAACUAUUGUUAAGACGCAGCAAUGUAGCAAGCUGAUUUACCGCAAAUGAAUAUGGCACAUUGCUGUUAGUUCAGCAAGGCCCGUGCCCUGAAGAUGGCAGAUAAUAACUUUCUUUCAGUCUUGGUCAUAACACUCUGUACGGUCAUUACAUGUGAUGGGAGUGUAUCCCUGUCUGCUCCAGCCACUGUAAAUCUGGAGGUCAAAGGUUCAGCCAAUAUCACCAUAACACCUAGCUCUCCUCUUAAUGUGUCCGCACUUAUUUCUUUUAACUUCACUGACUCCUCUGCAAAUGUUACCUCGAUACUUCAACUGCCUCAGCAGGUACAAUUGCCUGCAAAUGCCAUAUUAGGCACAUUUGAGGUUCGUGCAGAGCAUGUGGGUCAGGUGACUGCCUAUUUAUACAGUAACAACAAUGACAUUGCAAGCUUUAAGACCAGAAUCCGUUUCUUGGUCAUUAGAAGCAACAUCAUCGAUAUCAUUAACCAAUUAAUUGGUUGGAUUUACUUCCUUGCAUGGUCUAUCUCAUUCUACCCUCAAGUAUAUGAGAACUGGAGAAGAAAAAGUGUGGUGGGGUUGAACUUUGAUUUCCUGGCACUCAACUUGACAGGCUUCAUUGCGUACAGUGUCUUCAAUGUAGGCCUCUUCUGGGUUCCGUACAUGAAGGAAGAGUUUGUGAAGAAAAAUCCAAACGGUGUGAACCCAGUGGAUGCCAAUGAUGUGUUUUUUAGUCUUCAUGCAGUUGUGCUGACAGUUGUGUAUAUCUGUCAGUGUGCCAUCUACGAGAGAGGAGGGCAGAAGUUGUCCAAGAUCGCUAUUGGCCUUCUGGUGAUUGGGUGGACAUUUGCCCUUGUCACCCUCUUUGUUGCUGUGGCCAAUAAGAUCACCUGGCUGGAAUAUCUCUAUUAUUUCUCCUACAUUAAGUUAGGAGUCACCCUCGUCAAAUACAUCCCACAGGCCUACAUGAACUACCAAAGACAAAGCACGGAAGGGUGGAGCAUUGGCAAUGUGUUGCUGGACUUCACAGGAGGCAGCUUCAGUCUCAUUCAGAUGAUCCUUCAGUCGUAUAACAACAAUGAAUGGAAGCUCAUCUUUGGCGACCCCACAAAGGCUGGACUUGGUUUGUUAUCCAUAUUCUUCGAUGUGGUGUUCAUCUUUCAGCACUACUGUCUAUACCGGCAUAAAACACAUUACGAGCCUAUGGGUGACCAGAAAUAGGCUAAUAACCUCUCACUCUCUACCUCUGCCAGUGAAACUGGGGCCAAAUGACUUCCUAUAGGGAUUUAUUCUAUGCAGUGUUCACAGCCACUGAAUGAAAAGCUAUUUCAACAUAGGGCCUUUGCUUAAAAAUUAUUUUUUUUCUCCAAAUGAUUGUUUAGGAUAAUAGGGAUUUAUUUUUGUUCCAUAAUUUGUGAAGAAAUGAUUAGUUAUGGUUUGAUACCACUAAGGGAGGGACUCUGUAAUCUUUUUAAAAACUGACUGUAUAGGCCUAUCACUUUUACAUCUGUCAAAGCAAUAGUUCAUUUUAUACAAUACAAUUGUUUAUUUUGAAAUGUGUUCUUUAAUUGAAAGGUAAUUUCUAUUUUGAAAUGUAACUAGAACAUCAUGCUUUAUUGUCAAAUUAGUAAAAUGUUUUCCACGAA